AUCUUUGUGUUACUCCUUGAUCAAAGAAUGACUAAAUUAAUCUAUGACUUAUUCAAUUCAAUUUUCGUUUCCAAGGAUACAUUUUCCUCUUGAUAAAUAAAAAAAUUGUGUGAAAUGGCUGCAGCAGCGGCAGCGAAAAUAGCAGAAGUGCGUGAAACUACUCGCGUUGAACGAAUUGGGGCCCAUUCCCACAUUAGAGGUCUGGGAUUAAAUGACAGCCUUGAAGCCAGAAAUGUUUCUCAGGGGAUGGUUGGACAACUCACAGCUAGAAAAGCUGCUGGUAUUGUUCUCCAAAUGGUUCGUGAUGGUAGAAUUGCAGGAAGAGCGGUUCUUUUGGCCGGACAACCUGGUACUGGAAAAACUGCUAUAGCUACAGCCUUGGCAGCAUCUCUUGGACAUGACACUCCAUUCACAAGUAUGGCAGGAUCUGAAAUUUACUCGCUGGAAAUGAGCAAGACUGAAGCUCUUACCCAAGCAAUAAGAAAAAGUAUUGGAGUUAGAAUCAAGGAAGAAAGUGAAAUAAUUGAAGGAGAAGUGGUCGAAAUCCAAGUUGACAGACCGGCCACCGGAGUCGGUUCAAAAAUCGGAAAACUCAUCUUGAAAACGACAGACAUGGAGACGAUAUACGAUUUGGGUGGAAAAAUGAUCGACAGCAUACUCAAGGAAAAAGUGCAAUCCGGAGACGUCAUAACCAUCGAUAAAGCCACUGGGAAAAUCACUCGUCUAGGUCGUUCUUUCGCCAGAGCCAGAGACUACGAUGCUACCGGUCACCAGACCAGGUUCGUUCAGUGCCCUGAGGGGGAACUGCAGAAACGGAAAGAAGUGGUUCAUACGGUCACCUUGCACGAGAUCGACGUCAUAAACAGUAGGACCCACGGUUUCUUGGCGCUCUUUUCCGGGGAUACAGGGGAGAUAAAGCCCGAGGUUCGAGAACAGAUUAACGGAAAGGUGGCCGAAUGGAGGGAAGAAGGCAAAGCUGAGAUCAUUCCGGGUGUCCUAUUCAUAGAUGAGGUACACAUGUUGGACAUUGAAUGUUUCUCUUUUUUGAAUCGGGCUUUAGAGAACGAGAUGGCGCCAAUUGUGAUCAUGGCCACCAACCGUGGUAUUACUAAAAUCAGGGGUACUAACUACAAGUCACCACAUGGAAUACCUCUUGAUCUCUUGGACAGGUUGAUAAUCGUGCCUACUCAGCCUUAUGAGGAGAAGGAAUUAAGGGAAAUUUUAAGUAUACGAUGUGAGGAAGAGGACUGUCAGAUGACGGACAACGCCUUAACGGUACUCACAAGAAUCGCCAAAGAAACGUCUUUGCGUUACGGUAUGCAGCUCAUAAUGACCUCCUUCCUGAUUGCUAAGAAACGUAAGGCUCCGGAGGUGGACGUUGAAGAUAUUAAAAGAGCCUAUACCUUGUUCUUCGAUGACGGUAGGUCCGUUCAGUUCCUCAGAGAGUACCAACAGGAAUUUUUGUACAGCGCUGAUGACGAUGUACAAAUGGAAAUCGAGGAAUCUGAUCAAUGAUCUGAAGAGCAUGUGCUUUGUU